AUGGCGACUGGUGGCGAAGUCGUGCUACGUCUAGCUUUCCUGCUGAUGCCUCUGGCCAUCACACCACUUCUUGCUGCCGCACAACCAAUGUUUACGAGCUCCUCCGGCUGUGAGCAAGGGCACUUCUGCACGAACGGGGUCAAGUUGCCAUGCGCACCCGGCAGGUUCGGCUCUUCUACGGAAGAGACGAGCUUCUUGUGCUCGGGCCUCUGCCCCGCGGGAUCCUUUUGCCCAGAGGGGAGCUCGAGCCCGGCCCCCUGCGGAAACAACUCCGUUUACUGCCCCGCUGGCAGCUCGACGCCAAUUGUCGUGUCUCACGGGAACUACGCAGUCGGAGGGACAUCCGCCUCGGGGAGGAUCGAACAAGCGGUUUGCCCGAAAGGGCGGUACUGUCGGCAGGGGCUGGCAACACUGUGCCCAGCGGGGACAUUUGGCGAACGAGAGGGGUUGCACGACGACGCGUGCUCGGGUCCGUGUCCGGCGGGGUGGUAUUGCCCACCAGGCGCAAUCGAUCCGUUCGCGCUCGCCUGCGGAGGGCCGGAGCACUACUGCCCCGAAGGCUCAGGCAGACCGUUGCCGGUCGAUCGUGGCUACUUCGCCGGAGAGGUCGGGAGCGAUUUGUCGGGGGCGUCCGGAGGAUUCAGCCUUCAGUUUCGCUGCCCGGUUGGACGCUACUGCGUGGGAGGGGUGUCGUGGCCGUGUCCCGCCGGCCGCUUCGGCGCGUCCGAGCUCUCGGUCAACUCUUCCUGCACAGGAUCGUGCGGCCCGGGCCACUACUGCCCCGAAGGGAGUCACCGAUCCGACCAGGUGAAUGAAGGCCACUACACCGUCGGAGGCGAUGCCACUCUCCUGAUGGAGGCCGUCAUCACCACAACAGCGGGCACGAUAGCUGUUGCAGGAAACAACCAAACGACGGCAGAACAAGUCGAGGCCGACCCGUCCCUCACCUCGACCCGCUCCGCGGAGAGACUCUGCGAGCCGGGGUUUUGGUGCGAGGCGGGGUUUCGAUAUCUCUGCGAGGCGGGCGCCUACGGGAGCGACUUCGGUGCGACACGGGGAAACUGCUCCGGCUUCUGCGAGGCGGGGUUCGUUUGCCGAAACGGCAGCGUCUCCCCCGAGGAGAACCCUUGCGGGGAGCUGUCACCUCCAGGCAGCUAUGCCGACCAGGGAAUUCUGUACACUUGCCCCGCCGGUGUUUUCGGCGCUUCCCACGGGCUGUCGUCCCCUCUUUGUUCGGGGCCUUGCUCCAUGGGUUUCUACUGUGAACCCGGGAGCGUGAGCCCGAGGGAGCGGGUGUGCGGAGGCCCAUCUCGGAUGUGCCCCGCUGGGUCCGGUUGGCCGAUCAUGGUCGACAGCGGGCACUACACGACGGACUACGCCACCGUUCCGGACGAGGAGGCUUGCCCGCCGGGGAUGUUCAGGAACGGCUCUUACCCUUUCGACACAGACCCGACAAGAGGCGAAGAAUCCGCCAUUACUACGGCGAUUCCUUUGCCGCCGUGUCAACUCUGCCCGGAGGGGACAUUCAAGGCCGUCACCGGAGACAGCCUGGCCCUCUGCCUGCCGUGCGACGAGCACACGGCGGAGAGCAUCGAGGCGCGGACAAGUUGCGUGUGUCGACGGAUAGCGGGAGGGGACGUGAGCGCAACCAUGCUCUACUUCAACACCACGACUUCCGCUUGUCAAAACGUCACGGCAAGCUUCCGCCCGUCGGCGGAGGCUGGCCUGGUGGAGUCGACCUUCACGCGAUACUCUCAGGCAGAGUGUGAGCCGGGACACUUCUGCGUCGGCGGUGUUCGAUUUCCGUGCCCGGGUGGCCGCUUCGGCGCAAGCGCUAGAGAAGUUCGGCCGCAGUGCCAGGGGGAGUGCGCGGGAGGGUGGUACUGUCCGGAGGGCAGUGUUUCUGCGAACCAGGUGCCCUGCGGCGCCGCCAACCUGUACUGCCCCGCCCGGAGUAUCGCACCGACCUUCGUGGAGUCGGGUUUCUACACAACGGGCAACCACGAUGCCAGCUACGGCUUGCACACACCGGGGACCGCCAGCGCGUUCCCGAGCUCCGACUCUGGUACCACUGGCGUCGGUGGAAGGGACGAAGGGGCCGGGGCGAAGCGGCCGGACGAUGAUCGAGGGGCAGCCUUCAGGAGCGGCGUCGCGGUGUGUCCCGCCGGGUGGUACUGCACUGGGGACGGGGCGGGGAGCAAGUGUCCGCCCGGUGUCUACGGUGGUGAGGUAGGACUGAGCGACCCGGCGUGCUCUGGGGUCUGCGCGGCGGGGUUUGUGUGUCCCGAGGGCAGCACGUCCCCGUUCCAGAGCAAGUGCGGUGGCCUAGGCUUGUACUGUCCGGUGGGGUCAUCUUCUCCGUCGCAGGUCUUAGUCGGGUACUACGGUGCCCACACCGGCGUGGAUGCCGGCCUUCAGGCCGCCAGGGACCCAUUGAACGAGACGCACAGCGCUCAGGUGCUGUGCGAGCCAGGAUUUUUCUGCGAGAAGGGGCGGAAGGAACCGUGCCCUGCAGGAACCUUCCAGUGGAAGUACGGGGAGUCUUCUCGAGGGUCGUGUUUGCCGUGCAAGGCGGGAUAUUACUGCCCGCCGGGAGAGAGCGCCAGCCCCAGCCGUGACGCCACCCUUGUUGCCUGCGGAAACCCAACCGUGUUCUGUCCCGAGGGGAGCGUAGAGCCCGUACCAGUUCGCGCUGGGUUUUACUCUGUGGGCGGAGGUUCAGAAGGCACCACUCGGGUCUCUCAGGUGCUGUGCGAGGCCGGCUACUACUGCCAAGACGCAGCCCGGAAGCUCUGCCCAGCGGGCACCUACGGCUCCUCAGCGGGUUUACGUGACGAAGGCUGCACAGGCGUGUGCCCCCCCGGGGCGGCUUGUGCCGAAGGGACCGUAGAUCCGACUCCUUGCGAGGAGGGGUACUACGCCACAGGGGGCGCCGUGGCGUGUAACGCGUGUCCUGGGAAGAGAGUGACCGGGCUCGAGGGCGAGAGGUGCAGAACUUCCCGGAGUUGUUGUACGUGA